CAUGUUCACGUCCAUGUAUUGCCAAGAAAACCAAAUGAUUUCCCAGAAAAUGAUGAUAUUUAUAAAGCAUUACAAAGUCAUGAUAAAGUGAAAAAUCGCGUCUAUCGACCACAUGAUGUAAUGAGUCAAGAAGCCAAACUACUUCGGCAGUUGUACUACAAUAGCACUUCGUAACGUUCAUCGAACCGCUAAUAUUCUUCUUCCUUCUAUCUUACCUUGUACCUCGUUCAUUCCUUUGUUCUGUUUUAAUUUUCACUUUCAUGUUACUUAUGCAUUGAUUGUAUGUUAUUGAUGUUAUGUAGUGCUUGUUGUCUAUAUUACCUUUCCAAAUGCCAUUUCUUAUUUUUACUAUUUUUGAUGCCUACUAAUUAGGUGUGGUAACUCGAAAGCAUACUUCGUUUGGAAGCGAGAUUGUUGUUGUAGUUGUAGUUGUUUUCCUCUUUUACGAACAUUUUGUUUCUUGCUGGUUUUUGAUUUGGAAUUCAAUUUCAUUGAAACUGAUUUAAUAAUCAUUCAUAUUAUUAUGAGGAAACGUAUUACUCGUGCCAUAAAUGCAAACCUUUCUGUCUCAAUUUCUUAAAGGUGGAAUGUUUCAGUUGAUUUUUGGGGAAUCCUAAAAUAAAUCAAAAAACGAAGAUAGGUGAAAAUAUACAUAGACACAAAUAUAUGAAGUGAAAAAAUUGGCGAAGCAAACCUGUGAGAAAAUUUACUAAAGAAGGUGUGAAAAUGGGCAGUGUUGAGAAGCAAUUCGUGUUGUGUUUGUUGUUGUCGAGUGGUGGUUGUGUUGACGGAGAUGAUUAAUUUGCAAAUGGAUGAGUGGGAGUGAGGUGUUGUUUUGUGGUAGGGUUGGUGGACUGUGAAUUGGUCGGGCUAACCGUCACGGUUUUACUCUUGUGAUUUGUUGCAUGGUAAGAACCGUCGACCAAGAAUCGAAGAUUUCUUUGGCAGCCCUACACACGGGGCUA